AUGGAUCUCAACGCCCUUCUUCAAGCCUUCACUCUUUCGUGGACUUCGGUCGCCGUACUGCUCGGAUUCUUCACUUACUUGGCAAUAUUUGGGUCCGUGUUGCCCGGAAAAGUUGUUCCGGGAGCGACUUUAUCGGACGGCACUAGGCUCCAUUACCGGUGUAAUGGUUUGGUGUUGCUUAUCUUGUUGGUAUAUCUACUCGGAAUUGGCGGAUGGAUGGAUCUUAUAUCACCCACUGCAAUUGCUGAUAGGGGUCUCGAGCUGCUAUCAACAACUCUUGCUUUCUGUCUACUUGUGACAUUCUUUCUUUAUGUGGCUGGCUGCAGAUCCCGGGCUCAGAGUUCCUCCUUGAAACCUCAUGUCACUGGGAACCUAAUCCAUGACUGGUGGUUUGGGAUACAACUGAAUCCUCAAUUUAUUGGAAUCGACCUCAAGUUUUACUUUGUUAGAGCUGGUAUGAUGGGAUGGCUUCUUAUAAAUCUCUCCGUUCUUGCAAAAUGCAUUCACGAGAGCACCUUAAGCAAAUCGAUGAUUCUUUACCAGAUAUUUUGUGUUGUAUACAUUAUGGACUACUUUUUCUAUGAAGAGUACAUGACCUCUACAUGGGAUAUAAUUGCAGAGCGGUUGGGGUUCAUGCUUGUGUUUGGGGAUCUAGUCUGGAUUCCGUUCACAUUCAGUAUCCAGGGUUGGUGGCUUAUAAACAAUGAAGUGGAGCUCACAACAGCUGGUAUUAUCGCUAACUGUCUCGUUUUCCUGAUUGGCUACAUGGUCUUUAGAGGAGCUAACAAGCAGAAACAUGUUUUUAAAAAGAAUCCGAAAGCCCCAAUAUGGGGUAGACCUCCUAAGGUCGUCGGUGGGAAGUUGCUUGCUUCUGGAUAUUGGGGUAUUGCCAGGCACAGCAACUAUCUCGGGGACUUGUUGCUAGCUCUUUCCUUCAGUUUACCUUGUGGGAUUAGCUCCCUGGUCCCGUAUUUUUAUCCUAUAUACCUUUUCAUUCUGCUAAUAUGGAGAGAGAGACGAGACGAAGCACGAUGUGCUCAGAAGUACAAAGAGGUCUGGACAGAGUACACGAAGCUGGUCCCUUGGAGAAUUUUUCCCUAUAUUUAUUGA